UGCUGAUUGGAGCAUGACAAAUUUCAAAACACCAUUAGAAAAUGCUUCUCGUGGGGCUCCGCAUGAGAAACAUUUUAAGCAUGCAGAUUUGCAUGACAACUAUGGCGUGGGGACGUUUUUACACAGGAUACGGGACGGCAUUGGCCAGCUGCUGGACUUGAUGCUAAGAGCCGAAAAUUGGAGGCCUAACGAUGCUUAUGAAAUGCGAAUAUGUCAUCUGGGUCUGGAAGGUUCUUGCAACUUGUGAUGCUAAAUCUGAAUCACGCAAAAAAUCUGUGUUGCAUGUUUACCUACAGCCGUCCUUUUUUACCAAGUUGAGAGGGAAUUUCUCAUGCAGGAUAGGCAUGAUCGAGAUCUCACAGAAUUUGUCAUCCUAGGUGCUGCAUUCCAGACCUCAUGGGUCAUGGAAAACCUACAUGACAAAUCUGGCAUCCUUCCAGACCCAGACAUAUUUGCACUGGAUAUUGCUACCUUCCGAAGUAUUUUCCAACGCCAGUAUGAUAGGAUGGGCAGGACAGAGGAGGCCAGGAAGCUGGUCCGCGAAAUGGAGUAUCAAGUGCGAAUGUGUCUGGGUCUGGAAGAUUGCUGAGGUUUGCGAUGCAGUGUCUACUGCGUGGCCCAGUCCCAGAACAUCCGCCACGCAAGUCCUAGCGUCACAGGUGUGCCUGAGACUGUUUCUUCAGGCCUAAUCCGCAUGACAAAUGCCUUCUGUUUUUGACAGCAAGAAGAGGGACUUUUGCUGCCCAAGCAUGACAGAUUUUUGGGUGAUCUAAAAUCUAAAUGUGCACUACAAGCUCACAGCUUCUUUAUUCCAGCAGACCCAGACACACUUGCAUUCGAUAUGGAAGCCGCGGCAGAAGCUGUAAGGGAUGAGGCCAUACUGGAGACACCCGGUGCAGCCCAAAGCCACAGCACUGGCCUCCGUUCGUGCCCGCUGCCUUAAUCCACGUGAGGAAGUGCCGUCCAGUUGGGAUCUGCUCGGCGGGGAAGCAGCGCUGGCUGUAAUCUGGUAACCAAAUGCGUGCGCGCGCGCGCGCAGAGCGCGCUGCGCUGCCACACUGCUUGGUCUUGCCGGUGCCUCCAGCUUUUGGGAGUGCAACGAACCCCGUCUGCCGUUUUUGUGACGAGUGUAGUUAUACAACGCAGCGAGUUGCUGGUAAAAGAGGAUCUCUGGAAUUUAAAUUUUUCAAAGCGGUAGAUCACAAGCAAGAGCAACGAUAUGCAUGUUUAAGAAAACAGACAACAAGAAGAGGCUAUCAUCUCCUGUGAAAAAAGACGCAAAACAAAAAUCACAAAGGGAUAGAUAUAUGAACAGCACUACGUGUAUGAUUUUUUUGAUUUAUUUAAAGGUAUGAAACGGUAUGAGAUAGAGUGUAAACGACAUCGAGGAUUUUCUCGGAUCACGUCGUACCUAGGGCGACUGUGUUUCAAAAAUGUAAAUCUCGAUCGGUCAAUGCACGCUGGAACUAAAAUGCUCACAUCAAAAAACACAAAUCUGUAAUGCAAAUUUCGAAGAACCCACAGCACAAAUUCGGAACAGAACUUUUUUACAAAUCGUAGAUGAAAAUGCAACUCAAAGAAGUCGGCUCGUAGCAGAAUGAAGGAUGAACAGGAUGUCGGUCUUUCGUAUGAAAUCGAUCGCGCAAAAAAGAAGUGUCGUGCAGUGCUACUAUGUCGUUUUCUAUAGAGUUUAAAGUGCGUUUUCAAAUAUUUAGCUUUUCGGAAUUGUCACACAACUGUCUCCCAGGGUCAUGUCGUGCGCUUAAAGAAUUC